AUGCCCUGGAAGCCACCUACGAUCGGCAAUCGCACAGUGGCCAUUCUAGGCGCCGGUGUACUUGGCCGUCGAAUUGCCUGCGUAUGGGCUGCGGGAGGAUACAAUGUCACAAUUCGGGACCCUAGUGUUGAGCAGCGGGCCUCGGCCCUUAUUUUCAUCGAAAACAACAUUGCCAGCUUCUACAAAACCUUUGGAAACACUAACACUAAACUGGGCCAGUAUGCCGCAUACGAGAACCUGGAUUCGGCUGUCAAAGAUGCCUGGUUUGUCAUCGAGGCUGUUCCUGAGAAACUGGACCUCAAGAUCAACACAUUUGCCGAGCUGGCCGCGAAAGCCCCGGAGGACAGUAUUCUGGGUUCCAAUUCCUCUUCGAUCAAAUCGCGGUUUAUGUUGGAAAAGCUGAAUGAUGAGGACAAGAAACGCGUCCUAAACGUCCACUACACUAUGCCGCCCGUCCGAGUCACAGAGUUCAUGACCAGUACCUUUACCGAUCCUGCCAUUUUCCCAUUCCUCGAGGAGAAACACCGUGAAGUGGGAUUGCUUCCUGCUACAGCACGCAAGGAAUCGACGGGAUUCAUCAUCAACCGUCUAUGGGCGGCCAUCAAGCGAGAGACUUUGAUGAUUCUGGCAGAGGGAGUCACUGAUCCAAAGGAAAUUGAUGAAUUAUUUGAGGAGCUGUUUGGAGCCAAAACUGGCCCCUGCGCUGCGAUGGAUGGGGUGGGUCUCGACACCGUUGCUUUGAUUGAAGAGAACUACAUCAAAGAGCGAGGGUUGCCCAGCUUCCCCGUGGAGUGGUUGCGAAAGAACUAUGUCAGCCAAGGAAAACUCGGAGCCAAGUCUGGAAAUGGUGGUCUUUAUCCUGCAGGCUACACCACGAAGAAGGACACUGCCAGCCAGCAUGACAACCUGGCUACUCCGACACUGUACGUGCUCGACAUAGGGGUUGGCGAGAACGUGACGAGCAACUUCCUCUCCUCUGGAAAAAUUUACACAGCAUCCGCCAAUGGCGAUACCGUACGGAAGCUGGUAGACAACCUUCCGUUCCCAGAUGGCAUCGAUAUCAGUCUGUCUCAGGGUCGUUUGUUCUGGAGCAACAUGGGAAACCCGUCUGCAAAUGAUGGUACCAUCGAGUCUGCGAACCUCGAUGGCACGGACCGCAAGGUCAUUGUCCCAGCGGGAGUUGCACACACCCCGAAACAAUUGACAAUUGAUCAUGUCAACGAGAAGGUCUACUUCUCUGACCGGGAGGGCAUGCGCGUGCACCGCGUCAACUUUGAUGGAAGUUGCCAUGAAGUUCUAAUUCAGACCGGGGACUAUAACAACCCUACCGAGAAGAGUGAUCAGACUAUGCAUUGCGUCGGGAUUACCGUUGACCCCAAGCACGGCAAAUUUUACUGGACCCAGAAGGGUGCCAGCAAAGCAGGACAAGGAAGAAUCUUCUGCGCCAAUAUCAAUCUUCCGGCCGGAAAAACCGCAGCCACCCGAUCGGACAUUGAACUGCUGCUCAAGAACCUACCCGAACCCAUCGAUCUGGAUAUCGACACGGACACUGAGAUUCUUUACUGGACAGACCGUGGCGAAUACCCAACCGGCAACUCGGUUAACCGAGCCUAUGUCGGCAACGGCAGUAAAAACAAGGUGUCCGCCGCUCCUAAGUUCGACAUUUUGACCCGGCAUCUACAUGAGGCCAUCGGUAUCUCCUUGGAUAACGUAAACAAGCAUAUUUACUUUGUCGAUAUGGGAGGAUCGGUCUACCGCUCUGAUCUCGACGGCCAUAACAAGACUGUCAUCUACAGUGGCAAAAAUUCUUUCACUGGUCUCGCUUUAACUCACAAUUAA